AAUACUGAGCUGAUUGAGCGUCUUCAAGAGCACUUUGAAUCAUUGCCAAGUGGAAAAGACAACCAAGAACCUGGUGAUGCAGACAACGAAAUUCAAAAUCUUGCCCAACCAGGCUCUACUUCUUCGCCUUCACAGAAAUCGAAAAUUGAAAAAGAAAAGGUAGUUAAAAAACAAAAUGCUUCUGGAAAGCAUGCAGUUAAGGAAAAGGCAAAUAAGAAAAAGAAACGGAAAGGAAAAAAUGAGCAUGAAAGUGACAGUGACAAUGCUUUGACCGACGGUAUUUCAGAUGAGAAACAUAAACAGUACAUCAAGGCAAAAAGUGCCUCAAACAGUAGUCAAGAGUCUGCUAGUCGAAUACAGUCGGUUGGCAGUGACAGUGUUUUCAUUCCGGGGAAAAUUGCGGUGUCUGCUGAUGACGUUGAAACAAACGUUGUAAGCCCUUCAUUGUCUCAAAGACUGUCUUCGACGGAAGGUGCUAACAGUGAACUGAAAGUAGCAAUGAUCAGCCCCUUAGUCAGAGGCUCGCCUCGCUUAAAUUCAACCUCUUCAUUGGAUCACGCUGGGCAGUCAAGGCUGUUGGUGUACAACAGCCCGAGUGUCGUCGUCGAAGACUGCCAAAGAAAGCUGGGUAAAAGGCAGCAGGACAGCUAUUCUUUAGAAGGGUCAGCUAAUAUUGACAAGAAUGACAGUGAAUGCUGUUAUGAUUUAGAUGACACCGUAAGCUACGAUGAAGACCACGGGAUAUCUGAUGCACCUGUUCGUAAAAGUCUUGGAAGAGAAAUUGAUGAAACUGUCAACGAUUCAGGAUGGUUAUUGAGGGGUAGCUGUUUAGAGGCCAAUUCGACUGUUAAUUAUUCCGACUGUGAUCAGGAUUCAGAGGCACACGAUGGAAGUUAUAAAGUAGUACAAGGCAGCAACCCAAACGAAACGUUUGAUGUAAAUCUGCAAGAUAGUACACUCGAGCUUGAAGAAUCAGGAAAUCCAAAUGACGAGGAUAUGCUAAGGGGAGAAGAAUACAUUAACGAGUGCUCUCAAGCGGUAAAAGGUGAUGACGUUCUAAACAGACGGCAAACAUACGUUGUUGAGAAGGCUUGUAUCAAAGAUAACUUGCAAAACAUAGUGAAGGUUCAAGGGAACGAUAGGAGAAGAACAUUUCAGAUCACAAUGGUACAAAACAACACUGCUAAAAAAACAUCACCAGUCCCAUUCGUUAAAGAAUGCUCACAAGAAUCGUCUGAUGACAAUUCAUUCGUUAGUUGCAAAAGCACAGAAAGUGAAGAAGCAGAGAGCUCCUCAUUAUUUGCUGGAGGCAGCGAUGAUUCUUUUGGAAAUAGAGCGCCUGAUACUGCUCAGUAUACUGAAGCUGAUGCGGAGAUCGAGUAUGGUGUAGUGCAGAGCACCACUGAAAACCCCGUCUUCAAUAAGAAUUGUGGAGGAAAUAGAGACAGAAGAGGAACAUAUUUGAUAAGAAGCUCAGAAGAAACGGGACAAGAAAACUCGCCUGAAAUCAACCCAGCAACUGAUUCAACUAAGGAGAGCCUCAAAGUUGAGAGGUCCCUUGUUAAUCACUGUGUUUGUCAUGGAACUGUCCGACAGUCACGUGGGUGGAGAAGACUUGUGUUAAAAAGAGGUUUACCCACAAUACAGUUAACACAAACAAAUUUACAAAAACUGGUUCUGAAGCCAGCCGAAAAGCCCGUACCAAUUGGCUACAAAGACAACAUGAUUUGCGGUGAAUGCGUAACUGAGAAUGACUCAAUAGCAGGCCAAGACAAGCCUAUUGAUCGGAACCCUGAAAGGCUAGCAGUAAAGAAAGUACUCGGACAAGUGAAACUAAAUGGCGUUGCAAACAGAGGCUUGAGUGUAAGCUCUACAACUAUGAAACGAAAAUGGAAUGAAAAUCAUGUUUGUGAGUCAUCACCAGCAACGAAGAAGUCAAAGAAUAGCAAGACUGGUGCAGAAGGAGCCUCGUGUGGAUUACCGGCAAGUCCCGAAGUUAGGAGAGCAAGAGGGGAGAAGUCUAGACUACCAAG